GCCAUCUAUUGGUUAAAACUCAAAACAUUGUAAAAUAACAAACAAACUUCUUCUGUCUCACACUUUAAGCUGUUCUUUUGAUAAUAAAAUUAAUGAUUCGUGCAUUUGACUUUUUAAUUUUUCCCCAUGGAUAAACUAUUUGAAAAUUUACUACCUAGAGAAAAUGUGUUCUUAUUUGAUUUACAUGUUGCCGCUAGCAUUGGGUGUGAAGAAAGUGCUCGGGAAAUAAUUGAAAAUGUAGAAAGUAAAGACAUCAUCAACAGGUAUAAUAUAAGUGGUUGGACUCCUCUUAUGUAUGCAGCCUGCUCCACCAAUUUAAAAGUUCUAUCGUUUCUUCUUGAAGAAAGAGCUCAAACCGAUUUACCAAACCACUUUGGCCAGACUGCUUUGAUUCUUGCUUCCAAGUGUGGGAGCACUGACGCUGUUAGCUUACUUCUUGAUUUUGGAGCUAAUAUAAAUUUGUUCGAUUCUAAAGCAUGGUCUGCUGCUUUUUAUGCUUCUGCUUAUGGACAUAGAAGUGUUUUGCAGUUACUAAUAGAAAAAGGAGCCUUGAUAGAUGUGGUUGACAAGAAGGAUGGAUACAAUCCUUUGAUGUUAUCUGCAGCUGCUGGACAUGAGAUGAUAGUUAAAGAUUUAUUAUUAUUAGGCUUAGAUCCUUUGUUUGAAUCUAAAUCUGGUGAUACAGCAAGAAGUUUAGCUGUUAAAUAUGGUCAUCACAAUGUAAAAAAUCUGAUAGAUACUUAUUCUCAGCCCAAAAGAAUCUAUUCUAACAUAGCGCCAAAAGUCCAUUCUUCUCAAUCUGAUCUUUUAACUUUGUUAAAAGAGCUUCAGUUGUCAAAGUAUUAUCCUAUUUUUGAGAGUCAGGGCAUAGAUUUAAAUACCUUUUGGAUGUUGAGUGAUGAAGAUUUCAAGGAAUUAGGAAUCAAUCUUCUGGGACCAAGAAAAAAAAUGUGCCUGGCCAUCUCGAAACAUCACAGUGAAUGUGCAAAAUGGAGUUGUGAAGAAAAAGAUUUAAUCAGCAGACUGUCUUUAGAAAAUAAGCAUUUACUGCAACAAAUAGGAAAGGUUGAAGCAGAGCUUUCCCAGGAAAUUGAAUUAAAGAAAAUUGCUGAAAGAAAUUUAAGUGAUGGUAUUUUAACCUUGAAGAAUUUUACUGAUAAUGUUCAGCGCACUGUGCGUUAUACAUUAGUACUAGGAGAAAAAUUAAGACAAGGACAUUCUAAUUUGAAGAAAAUUAUUUUUUGUGCUCAUGAUAUCAAUAAAGACAGUUUUAAAAGGGAUAUUCUUUUUCCUUUAUUGGAUGGAAAUGAAAAAUUGAUUGAAGAUAUUCAUCAUCAGAUUUUACUUUCAUUGCAACAAACAGAUUUUAGCCAUUAACGAAUUUCAGAUGGAAUUAAAACAAAUCUCUUAGCUAUUGACAUGAUGUGUUAGGUAAGAAAAAUCAAUCUAUUGCUCUUUAAUACUUCUGAUAAUGUGCUUUUGUUGAAGAGAAGUGAUAUCAGUUUUACGCAGGAAUCUGACUAUUGACAAAUAUUUUAUAUCAUUGGAAAUUUAACUGUAUUUUUUACUUGAUGAAUAUUUUAAUCAUGUACCUUUAAACCUAUGUAUCUUAUGAAACGGUUUAGUAUUGACAAUUUUAAACUUAUAAAAUAUCCAUGUUUUAUUUUAUUUUUGGGUAUUAUAAUAGUAUUUUUUAAAUAUAGUCUAAAUAUUUUUAAAGGCAUCUAAGUUUCAUUGACUCGUACUUUAUUAAAAUAAUCUGAUUAUAAAAUAAGAAUUUGCCUGUCUCACAUUAUUGUGCAAUAUGAAUAUAUUUUUUGUGAUAACUUGUCCCAUACCAAAGAUUAUUUGAAAAGUAAUUUAAAAAAUGUUAAGUGUAUGUAUAUUUAAUAUUGUUUUUUUAAUACAUGAACAUUUAUACUGGCAUUUAUGCUUCUUUCAUAUUGUGGAGAAGCAAAUAUUUUUAAUAAUAAAAUGUGUACAAGAUGUCAUUUUUACAAAUGAGUGUUAUUUGUUAAGAAACAGCUAAGAUUUUAUAAAGUGCAUUAAAAUUUACAAAUGUUAUUAUUUUAGCUAGUCUAUUUUUUAUUAUUUGUUUUGUAAAAAUAUAUAUAGAAUAUGUUCUUAGAAAAUUUGAAAUCUGAGGACGCAUUUAAAUGUAAAGUACACUACAAAUUAACCACGAUUAUUUUCUGAUGGAAAAGAUAUUUUAUUGAUAAAAAAUGUGAUUACUUAUUUAAAAGUGGUAUCUUCUAGGGAUGUAACGAAUAUUACACCACUAUUCGGCUCUUAUGUCGAAUAUUCAGUUGUCCAAAUAUUCGGAGGAAAUGUACAGCAAAGUAUUUUUUAGAAAAAUGUUUUUUAACAAAGUGUGUGUUUUUUUUUGUUUUUUUUUGGAAUUUGAAUAAAUUUGAUAAAGAAUAAUCUAAAAUCACGAUUUUUACUAUCUUUGAAAAUAGUUUUUACUCAUAUUUGUUAAGUUCUAUUACUUGCACACGUCUUAAAAUUUUUACUCUGGAAGACAAAUAGAAAAGCGAAAUUUGAAGAAUUAAAACUAGAUUACUUUAUACUGAAUUAUAACUUUGUACUGCUGAUUUUUUUUUUCUGGCAAUCAAUUUUGUUGCUUUUUCAACACCUUUUUGUUUUAAGAAUUUAGAACAAUUUUUUCUUAUCGUGCGGAAUUUUUAACUAAGCAUUGACCCUUUUAUUGUCCUUUUUUCCUGUACGGUUAGACAGAGACAGAUAACCGGUAACAUUGAAAACUGAUAUCCAACGUUAUUUUACGAACAAAAAAAAAAAUUUUCUGUUUCUAUUUUGCCUUUUUUUAAUUAACUUUUCUUUUAAUCAGCAUUUUUUAAAGAGUGUUUCGAAUGAACAUUAUUUUUUAUCACUUUUUUCUAAAAAUACAGCAAUGUAAAGAAGUUGAAUUUAGAUUUUUUGCAUUACAUUUUUUGUUUUGAUAUCUAUUUAAUUUUUUUUUUACGAAAAACUUGUUUUAUCAACAUUUUUAUUUAUGACGUGGCAAUUAAGAGGAUUUCUAGUAGCUUAUGUAUACAAUCAUUUGAUUUUAUAGGCGUUUUUAUGACAGCGUGCCAUUUUUUUAAAAGCGUUUCCGAUAGACUAUAUUUAAAAGUUUUACGGUUCCUUUUUUCUGGAAAAUAUUUCAUGCAUGAAAAUCUUGUUGUAAGAGUUUUUUUUUUCAACUGAACAAUUUCUGUUAUUUAUUUAUUUUAUAGUUUGUCAGUUUUUUAUCUUAAAUAUUUCUAAUUGAUAACUAUAUUUUUUUCCUUUAUCCAAUACCAAUAAUAUAGCAAAAUUUUCAAUAAUAACUAAAUUUAUUUAUUCCUAUAAGAUAUUCGUAAAUUCUUUUUUAAAAUUUGCUAUUCGGUUGCCGAAUAUUUGGCUAUUCGGCCAAAUACCUAUUCAUUACAUCCCUAGUAUUUUUCUAUCCUCAUCAAAUAUAUGUGCAUUGUAAUUUAAAAUUUUAUUUGUGCAUUUUACUGUUUAUUCAGUGACAGCUAUUUAAAAAUGACAAAUUUUAUUACUGUAGAGUAAAAUGUGCCAAUUUUUUUAAAUAAAGUGUUUAAACUAC